UACACACUUCAUAAACACACAGCAGGUGGAUAUACUGUAUAUGUCACAGCCUGCAGAAGAUGAAGACUACAGACAGCAGUGUUCACAGUCUGUCUCUGGAUUCCCUCAGUCUGACCGAGAAUGAACAUCCACAUGACGUCCAUCUGGAGGAUGCAGACGACACCGAGUCUUUGGGAGAUCUGAUGGAUCGCUUAUCAGGAGCCGGUUUCAGGAGAACAACAACAGUAUCAGGGGUGAAGCUGAUCAGGAAGGAUUUGUCGACUGAAGAAUUGUACCUGCAGGCCUGUAAACUGGUUGGAGUCAUUCCUGUCAGAUACUUCAUCAGAAACCUGGGCUGUGCCACCAUUAACCUCAACCACCACGGGCUCGGCCCACUGGGAGGAAAAGCCCUAGCCAUCGCUCUAGUGACAGACAUGCACACCACGACUCUGGAGCUGGCUGAUAACUGUCUGCGGGCUGAAGGAGCGACACACCUGAUGGAGAUGCUGAGGGCCAACUUCACCAUCCACAACCUGGACCUCUCAGACAAUCAACUUCAGUCUGCUGGAGCCGAGAGUGUGGCUAAAAUGCUCCUGGAAAACAUUUCCAUUAAAUCCCUCAAACUCUCAGGCAAUAAGUUUACUGAAGAUGAUGCCAAAUGGUUUGCAGAUGCUCUUUCGAGCAACUACAGGGUGAAGGAGCUGGAUUUAAGCCACAAUGAGUUCAGUGGCAGAGGUGGAGAACAUCUGGGCCAGAUGAUCGCAAAUAACGAUGGUUUAGAGGUUCUUGAUCUGAGCUGGAAUCACCUGCGGAUGAAAGGAGCCGUCGCUUUCUGUGCGGGACUGAAGGUGAACACGACUCUGAAACACCUGGAUCUGUCGUGGAAUGGCUUUGGAAAUGAAGGGGCUCUGGCACUGGGGGAAGCGCUGAAGUUCAACAACACACUGCAGCAUCUGGACCUCAAUAACAACCGGAUCACAGAUGAAGGAGCCGGCAUGCUGAGCAAAGGCCUGGAGGCCAACGACACACUGCGGGUACUGCAGCUGGCGUAUAACUCACUGACGGUGGAAGGAGCUCUCACUUUAAUCAACACGAUCAAAAACACACCAAAAUCCGCCAUCGAGGACAUCAACAUAUGUAACGUGCUGGUGAACGAGAACUUUGUGCAGCUCCUGGAUCUGACCUGUCAGGAGCGUCCCAGUCUGGAGGUGCAGUAUGGAGGCGUCGGCGGGUUCAUCGCCAAGAAGCCUCGAAAACGCAUCGACCCCAUGAAGAUCAUUCAGGAUUACCUCGAUCAGAGAAAGCUCCGUCUGUGGGACUUCUUCAGAAACAUCGACAAGGACGGGACGAUGCGUGUUCCUGUGGUCGACUUCAGAAAAGCAGUUCAGCAAUCCAGCAUCCCGCUGGAGAGAUUUCAGAUCGAGGAGCUGAUUCAGAGGCUGGACAGAGAUCGGACAGGUGUGGUGGACUACAGAGGCCUGGCAGACACUAGGAAGCAGAUGAUGCGGGACCACCGGCGGCAGCUUCGUAAGGUGGAGUCUCGGCAGAAGAAGGAGAAGCAGAAGAGCGAGCGGAUCCUGAAGACCUUCGAGAGCGCGGUGGAGGCCGUGACCCCGCGCAGCUCCAUGAUCAUCAUCUCGCCCAAAGAGGACUCCAGCGGCCCGCAGCCCUUCUCCGCUACACCGCUCAGCUCCUGGCACCACAUAGUCAUGUCCACCAGCAGCCGCUACUCCGACCACAACAUGAGCAGCGAACACGUGCACCUCCCCAUGAUCGGGAAUCCUCCGAGCUCGCCGGGAAUGAGGUCGUAUUCACAGCCAAACCUGUUUGCUAGUAUGCCCAAAACAACCUCCAGCAAACCGGCCUCUGCGCAGGGCAUCCACUCCACCUCCAACCCCAGCGUGACCAGCAGCAAACUCAGCCCCAUCGCCAACCUGACCCGCUCCAGGCCCGCACUGCACACCGAACCCAGCGGGAGAGCCAGAGCUAAGGGCAAGAAGAAGAAGAAGACCAAGAAAACUAAGGAGAAGAUUUAACAACAGCAGGACAUGAAGUGUUUACUUCUCAAGCCUGAGGUAUCAACACACUUGCAGUUGAGCACAUGGAUGUUUUUAUCUCAGUUCUCAGUGAUCCAACUUUGUCCUACACUACCAUGAUGCUUUGCGUGAGAGAAACUUCUGUUUGCAGUAUCUGUGUUUCCCAGAUGGAUUUUGAGCCGUUCUUCUUCAGAAUAGUGUUCAGGUGAUGCUGGUGGAGUAAAACCUUUCCUGACUCGCUCCUCCAUAACAGCCCAAAGUGCUCAAUAAUAUUUAGUUCUGGGUACUGUGCAGGCCAUGAAAGAUGUUCAACUUCACUUUCAUGUUCAU